UACGUUGUGUCACAUUUAAUGAUCUUAAGGGACCAAAACGAGGAGACAGUCGAGGAAACAAGGGAGGGAACGACACGACACUUUUCAUGCGAGACUUGAAGGGAACGCGAGAAUCCUUUGGUAUCCAAGGAGACAACGACAGUGUUCGGUUUCCCUGUAGUGAGGACGAGGUGGCGGUGUGAGCGCGUGCUAGUUCCCUGGCGAUGUUUGUGUUUAGGAGCGAGCAUUUUACGCGAUGGACCUGCCGGAGGCGAUCAGAAAGCGUUUAGAAGACUUCUCGCGGAAUGUGCUGUUUGACCAGAGCCGGACUCAGCCUUUCUCAAAGGAGAAUGACACGUUUUUGCCACACGACAAGCGGGUUCUGUCAAGUCUCCACCUCCAGAUGUCUCUGUACUUUAACAUGUGGUUCUUCCCCUUGUGGUGGAUCACUGAAAUUGUAAUGCUGCACCUCAAGUAUCCUGUCUUGCCAGACUACUACAAGUUCAUCCUUGUGACGGUUCUCAUCCUGAUGACUCUGAUCGAGGCUAUCAGACUUUAUCUCGGUUAUGCUGGGAACCUGCAAGAAAAGGUCCCAGAGUUGGCUGGAUUUUGGCUGUUGAGCAUCCUGCUGCAGUUUCCUCUGGUCCUGUUUCAGCUCUUUAAUGAAGCCAUUCUCGUACUGCCCCUGGAGAGAGGCGUUCACAUAGUUCUCGCUAUAUUCAUACUCACACAGGCCGUCUCUGGUUUUGUGGCGCUCCGGGACAUGGUCAGACACACCGAAAGCCAAUUUCAUCUCAGACAGUUUGACUGAAUUCUGAGGCUCUGACUUCCCUGGCACAUGUGGACACACCAGGACAUGACCUUACUUAUCAACUCCCAGACUCAGAGGCCGACAACAAAAACGAUGUCACUUUUUAUAUUAGCCGUAUUACAGGGAAUAUUUGAUAUCCAUAACUGGUUAUUAAAUAGGAAAACGUUUGACAAUAUGUACUUUUUGUAUUUUAUUCAGACUAUAUUGUAUUGGAUUGGAUUGUAUUUUUGUUUUCAUACAUUUGCAAUAAAUAAAAUAAAUGUAUA